CAGCGCCCCGCCAAGCUAAUAUUCAACCCUUCUCAGUUGUGAGAAGUAGUAGUUACAGCCCCACUCUUGUGCCAAGUAAGUCCACUCCGGGCUCACCAUAGCCCGUGCUACUCGGAAGGUUUUGUUCCGAGGAGCUGGAUCUAAAACAACAACAACGCGAGAAGAAGCCGCAAGAAAGAGGAUAAAGAAGUGGUUAAGAAAGGAUGGAGGAGAAAACUAAUGCAUCUACAGGAGCAUCCCAUCAGUACUCGUCCGAGGUCGUCGUCCUGACUUCUAUUUGCAACGUCUUCACGUGUCUUAUAGGAACUUUCGGGAAUGUGAUGGUGAUGGUGGUGAUGUUGAGCUCCAAGAAGCUCCGCAGCAACCACAACACGGCCUUCAUGGUUAACCUGGCGCUCUGCCUCAUCCCUAUAUGUUGCUACACCUUACCCUUGAUGGUCGCUAAGAUCAUGGAAGGUCGCGUGCACGGUGGGAGCCUCACACGCAGUACCAUGUGGGUCGUCUACAUGUUCCAGGUCAUACUCCAUCAGGUCCACAUUCAGAGCAUCUGUAUCAUGGCUCUUAACAGGGUCGUGGCGCUGAGGUCCCCAGUGGUCUUCAGGAGGAUGCUGAGGUCAUCUGUAGUGGCUCUGCAGCUGGUGCUGAUCUGGAUCUCCUCAGCCAUCCUCUGGCUCCCUCUGACUUCCAUCUCUUGUGACUUCAUAGCUUAUACUGUGACGAUUAGGAUCCGAAACGCGUCCUUGAGGAAGUUCCACGUCUUGGUGACCUACUUCACCCCUCUAAUUGUCACCAUCAUCUGUUAUGUCUUCAUAUACGUGAAGCUGCACCAGAGAAGGGCAGGCAUAGUUGCACUGCAGACUAGAGAAGAGAACAUGACGUCUGCCUCAGGCGAGGGGACUGUCUCAGACGAGGGGACUGUCUCAGGCGAGGGGACUGCCUCAGGCGAGGGGACUGCCUCAGGCGAGGGGACUGUCUCAGGCGAGGGGACUGUCUCAGGCGAGGGGACUGCCUCAGGCGAGGGGACUGUCUCAGGCGAGGGGACUGCAUCAGGCGAGGGGACUCUCUCAGCAAGCAAGCCCGCCACAGCUGAGACUGUGGGAUCCUGUCGCAGAUGGGAAGAAGAAGCCUCCAGGAGCGUCUUCAUCAUCUUUAUCUUCUUAGCUGUGUGCAGUUUGCCACACACCAUCAUCCACAUAGUCAACUGUGAUUGUCUAGACACCUGGCUCCUCGUGCACACUCUACACUGGCUCCAGUUCUGCCUGGACCCGAUAGUGUAUGUUGUGGUUAGCGCGGAGUACCGCAAGGGCUUUCUUCAGCGCCUCCGGCGUUUGUCCCUAACUCUCAGCUUUUACAGUGACCAAAUGAGAAACCAGUAACCCAACUUGUUCAUAAAUUCCCUGUCAGGUAAGGAAGUUAUAUCUCCCCGCCUCUUUCAGAUUUAGUCAAUCUUGGUCACGUUUACCAAGCUUAGUCAGGUUUGGGAGUAUUUAUGAAAUUAUAUUUUUUCUUCCCUUGAUCCUGGAAAUGUCGUCCUAUUAGCAUGAUAUUUACUCAGAAACAGAAAUGAUAAAACGUUAUCAAAUUAGUGGAGGUAAUGAGUUGUCAGGACCAGCAAACAAACUAACAAACUAACUCUUCCCUUGUUAGUUUGCCUCAUGCUUUUGUUCCAUCUGGUAUUAUGUAUCAAUUUCCACACAAAUGUAUUACACGCACACUAAAAUGCAUAUUGUUACUAUAUCUGUAAAAUAUUUAUAUGUUCAUAUACGUGUAUAUUGAUAUAUAUUUAGAUAAGUUUACAUAUAUUUAUAUCUACAAAUGGAUAUGGUUAUCUCUCUAUCCGAGGUUGUAGGCCAAAUGCUUGGAGCUAGUCUCACUCAACUUUGCACCUUGAUUACUAUGGGGGGACAUGCCUAACAUGGUCUGGUCAGGGUUGACAAAAUUAAAGGCUAAAUAUUUUGACAACAACAAAAAUUUUCUUGCAAUAAUAGGAAACAUUAUUCACUGGUCUCUGGAACGUGAACGAAACUUUUGUAGUUAUCAUACUUUACUUCUAGCAGCAUUAAAACAGACGAUUCUCCCUCAGAAAAAAGCCAUUGGGGAACCAUUUUAUUUGUUGUAUAUUUUAUUUUAAUUAUAAAGAAUUAAUAGUAUAUGCUCUUGGUGCUAUUAAUAAUAUUGUCCCCCCCCCCUCCCUCCAUUUCCCGCCCGUUGUCGUCUUAGUGGGCGGCUGACAUAGUGUGAUGCUCAACAGGACAGUCCUCUGUCCUUUUGUAGCCUUUUGCUCCUGCUGCUGUCUUCUAGAAUUCUGAUGGAUAUCUUUUCCGUUUCCUUAUGUUUCAUUUUUACUCUCCCCCCCCCCUUCUUCUUUCUAAUUGUUAUUUCCCGCCGACCUUUUGCCAGUGUUGAUUAUUCUUUUGAACAUCUUCUUGAGGUUAUCUUGAGAUGAUUUCGGGGCUUUAAGUGUCCCCGCGGCCCGGUCCUCGACCAGGCCUCCACCCCCAGGAAGCAGUC